CACGAUUUGUAAAUUGGGCAGCCCUCCUUAGCUAACAGACUAACGGUUCAAAGCAACCAAAUUAAAAAGCUUACAACAAAAUUUCCACAUCCGGGAAUGGCAGACGACAGAGAAAUGGCGCCGGAAUCACACUUGGAAGCAUCUCCUUCAUCAAACACUCUUCAAUGGCGGCAACACCGCCAUGAAAAUGGAGUUGAGGUUGACGAAGCAGAAGAAGAACAUGUACACGAAGGCCUUCAACUUCAACCUGAUGAUGAUAAUGGUCCUACUCAUCAUCCUUCUGCUCCUCCCGACGAGAUAUUUGACAUCUCGACGACCAUUGAUCCUAGAUAUAUAAUUUCCUUGAUACGCAAGCUUUUGCCUGUUGAUGAAAGACAAGGUGAUGACCUUCAAGGACUUGCUGAAUGGAGUAGCUCCACUCAAAGACCAGAUAAUGAUCAAAGGGCAAAUGGUACAUCCUCUCCAAAGAUAGAUAGUGGUCUGAACAACUUAAAUGGUCAUUUAGCGAGUAUAGAGACUGUAAAUUCUGAACCUGUUGAUCUUGAACAACCUUCAAAAUCAGCAGGGACUGAUGAUAAUGACAUCGAGCCUCGUGAAAAGACAGCUAGAGAAAAGGCUUGGGAAGAAAGUGGUUGUGUUUUGUGGGACCUCGCUGCUAGUAAGGAACAUGCAGAAUUUAUGGUUCAGAACUUUGUGCUGGAAGUCCUUUUGGCCAAUCUUGUGACUUCUGACUCUGUCCGUAUUACUGAGAUUGACCUUGGAAUUUUAGGCAACCUUGCCUGCCAUGAAGCACUUAUGGACCAGAUAACCUCCAAUAAUAAAUUGUUGGAGACAAUCGUAGACCAAGUGUUCUCAGAUGAUGCUCUUUGCCUAUGUGAAGUCUGUCGGUUGCUAACUUUGGGCCUUCAAGGCUGCCAACGUGUUGUGUGGGCCAGAGCACUGCAAUCAGACCACAUCUUGAGCCGUAUCCUUUGGAUUGUGGAGAAUACCUUAAACCCAGUCCUCAUUGAGAAGAGUGUUGGGUUAUUUCUAGCAAUUAUGGAAAAUCAGCAAGAAGUGGCACCUAUUCUUCUUCCAACUCUCAUGAACUUGGGGCUGCCAGACCUUUUGGUCAAUCUCCUGUCUUUUGAGAUGGGGAAAUUAACAAGUGACAGAACUGAAAGGUAUCCUGCACUUGAUUCAAUUCUUCGUGCAGUUGAAGUUCUUUCCGUGACUGAUGAUUAUUCAGAACGGAUAUGUUCAAAUAAGGAAGUUGUUCAGAUGGCUAUAGAGCUGAUCAAAAUCUCUGAAAAGACUGAGAUCUCCGGCUCCUGUGUAACUGCAGCAGUUUUGCUAGCGAACAUAUUAACUGAUGCUCCUGAUCUGGCUUUCAAAUUGUCAGAAGAUUUUCUUUUGUUGCAGUCUCUCCUCGAUUUAUUCCCUUUUACUUCAGAAGAUUUUGAGGCAAGAAAUGCAUUAUGGAGUGUUGUGGCCAGACUUCUGGUUCGCGUUCAAGAAGCAGAGAUGAGCCCUUUAAGGUUAAACCAAUUUGUAUUGAUGUUUGUGCACAAAUCAGAUAUGAUAGAAGAUACCCUCCUUGAGAGCAAGCAGGAUGAAUCCCCAAAAUGUGAUACUCAUACCACAUCAGAAGCAAACUUUGACUCUAGAACUGCGGCUAUUAAAUGCAUUGUUAAAUUGUUGGUUCACUGGAAUCGGGUGAAAGAGGAAUCUGUAGCACACGAUGACACAGACAACUUAGAGAAAAGUUAUUUUCCCGAUGAAAGAGAUGUUCAGAAAUUAUUAGACUGUUGUCUCAAGCAUGCAAGUUAGAUCAAUUCUUUGCAGGAUAUGGAUGUACUAAUCUUCUGGAAAUUUGUGGCUUUUUGCAAUUGCAUAAUUGAGGAACUCAUCUUCAGCUUCGAUUUUUCAUCAAGAGAGUGCAAACCUCAAGAAUAGUUCAGUCAGGGUAAUGGAAACAUUUAGUCUGAAAAUUUUGCUAGGAAUAGGAGCAUGUAUACUAGGUACAAACUUGUAAAUUUUUCAGCAAUGUUUUCCAGCAAUUGAAGAGUUGUUUAAGCUUCAAUGUGUGCGUGGAACAUUACAAAAGAGAAACAAUGUAAAAUGAUAUUGUGGCUAGGAUUUAAAAGUAACAGAGCAAUGUAAUUCAUGCAAAGUAUUAUGACUUUCACAAAUCUAAUUGUUUAGCGUCUUUUUCA